GCGUGCCAGCUGCCCAUGGCGCCGGCGGCGCCGGAGCGGGAGCGGCGCUACCAGCACAAGGUGUCCCUGGUGGUUCGCUACUUCAUGAUCCCCUGCAACAUCUGCCUGAUCCUGCUGGCCACCUCCACGCUGGGCUUCGCCGUGCUGCUCUUCCUCAGCAACUACAAACCCAACAGUUAUUUCACGCAGACGCCGCCGACGCCGCGGGAUGGCUGCAGGGGGAUGCUCUGUGGGUUCGGGGCCGUGUGUGAGCGCAGUCCCUCGGAGCCGGGCCGGGCGCAGUGCGUGUGCAGGAAGGGGCCCUGUGCCCCCGUGGUGGCCCCGGUGUGCGGCUCCGACCACUCCACCUACAGCAACGAGUGCGAGCUGGAGCGGGCGCAGUGCAACCUGCAGAGGAGGAUCAAGGUCGUCAGCAAGGGGCCCUGCGGCUCCAAGGACCCCUGUGCCGAGGUGAGCUGCAGCUUUGGCAGCACGUGCGUCCCCUCCCCGGACGGGCAGGGCGCCAGGUGCGUGUGCCCCGCCUCGUGCGGCGCCGCCGGCAGCCCCGUGUGCGGCAGCGACGGCCGCGACUACCCCAGCCUGUGCCACCUGCACCGGCGCGCCUGCGACCUGCAGAUCAACCUCCACAAGAAGUUCGACGGCCCCUGCGACCCGUGCCGGGACGUCCCGGAGGAGCCGGGCCGCGUGUGCCGGGUGAACCCGCGGAGCCGGCGGGCGGAGCUGCUGCCGCGCCCCGAGGGCUGCGCGCCCGGCGCCGAGCCCGUGUGCGGGGACGACGGCGUCACCUACGGCAGCGAGUGCGCGCUGAGCCGCGCGGGCGCCGUGCGCGGGCUGGAGCUGCAGCGGGUGCGCUCGGGGCCCUGCCUGCCGCAGGACCAGUGCCCGGAGCCGUGCCGGUUCCACGCCGUGUGCCUGAACCGGCGCGGUGCCCCGCGCUGCUCCUGCGAGCGCGUGGUGUGUGACGGGGCGUUCCGGCCGCUGUGCGGGCAGGACGGGCGCAGCUACGGCAGCGAGUGCGAGCGGCGCCGCGCCGAGUGCCGGCAGCAGGCGCCCAUCGGCGUCCGGCACAGCGGGCCCUGCGACCUGGGCACGCCCAGCCCCUGCCGCAGCGUGCAGUGCGCCUUCGGGGCCACGUGCGUGGUGAAGAACCAGGAGCCGGUGUGCGAGUGCCAGCAGCAGUGCCAGGGCCGCUACGACCCCGUCUGCGGCACCGACCAGCGCACCUACGGCAACGCCUGCGAGCUGCGCGCCAUGGCCUGCGCCCUGCAGAGGGACAUCGGCCUCAGCCACAGGGGGCCCUGCGACCGCUGCGGGCAGUGCCGGUUCGGUGCCAUCUGCGAGGCGGAGUCGGGGCGCUGCGUGUGCCCCAGCGAGUGCGUGCCCUCGGCCCGGCCGGUGUGCGGCUCCGACGGCCGCACCUACGGCAGCGAGUGCGAGCUGCACGUGCGCGCCUGCACCCAGCAGAGGGACAUCCUGGUGGCCUCGCAGGGCCCCUGCAAGUCCUGCGGUGGCUCCGUGUGCUCCUUUGGCAGCCGCUGCGUGGGCGGGCAGUGCCUGUGCCCGCGCUGCGAGCGCCAGCCCCCGGCCCCCGUCUGCGGCUCCGACGGCGUCACCUACGGCAGCCCCUGCCAGCUGCAGGUGGCCUCGUGCCAGCAGCAGAAGAGCAUCGAGGUGGCCAGGAUGGGGCCCUGCGAGGACGAGUGCGGCUCGGGGGGCUCUGGCUCGGGGGAUGGCAGCGGGUGCGAGCAGGAGCGCUGCCGCCAGUUCGGGGGCUGGUGGGACGAGGACGCCGAGGACGAGCCCUGCGUGUGUGACUUCACCUGCCAGGCCGUGCCCCGCAGCCCGGUGUGUGGCUCUGACGGUGUCACCUACGCCAACGAGUGCGAGCUGAAGAAGACGCGGUGUGAGAAACGCCAGGAGCUCUUUGUCACCAGCCAGGGAGCGUGCCGGGCCCUGGCCACCACCCCGCCGCCCCUGCUGGUCCUGCACUGCAGCCAGACCGUCUAUGGCUGCUGUCCCGACAAUGUCACCGCGGCUCUGGGCGUGGGAGCCGCCGGAUGUCCCAGCACGUGCCAGUGCAACCCCUACGGCUCGUACGGGGGCUCGUGCGAGCCCGGCUCGGGCCAGUGCUCCUGCAAGCCCGGCGUGGGCGGGCUCAGGUGCGACCGCUGCGAGCCCGGCUUCUGGAACUUCCGCGGCAUCGUCACCGACCGCAGGAGCGGCUGCACCCCGUGCCGCUGCGACCCGGCGGGCUCGGUGCGGGAUGACUGCGAGCAGAUGUCGGGGCUGUGCUCCUGCAGGGCGGGCGUGUCGGGCAUGAAGUGCAACCAGUGCCCCGACGGCAGCAAACUGGGCAGCGCCGGCUGCCACGAGGACCCCUCAGCCCCGCGCUCCUGCCAGGAGCUGAGCUGUGAUUUCGGGGCCUCGUGCGUGGAGCUCGACGGCUUCGCCCACUGCGAGUGCCCGUCCCCGCUGUGCGCCGAGGGCAACGCCACCAAGGUGUGCGGCUCUGACGGUGUCACCUACGGGGACCAGUGCCAGCUGCAGACCAUCGCCUGCAGGCAGCGCCAGCACAUCAGCGUCCGGCACGUGGGGCAGUGCCACGAGCCCGUGCCCCAGCCCAGCCCCCCGCUGCCCACGCUGCAGCCCCCCGGGGUGGCCGCCAGCCCCGCCCCGCCGGGAGCCGAGCCCACGGCAGACGGAGGCCGAGUGACCACGGCCAGCCCGGCCAGCCCGGCCUGGGUGACCCCCGGAGCCACCGCGCGCCCGCUGGCCAGCGCGCCCGUGCCGGCGGCCACCGGGCAGCCGAGCUCCGGCGAGUCCGGCAGCGCCGAGGGCAGCGGCGACCAGGACAUGGGGACCAGCGGCGACCAGGAGGCCAGCGGGGCGGGCUCUGCCGCAGAGGAGCAGGAGGGUGAGGACGAGGCCCAGGUGACAUCCACGGCUGCCAUCGAGAGGGCCACGUGCUACAACUCGCCCCUGGGCUGCUGCUCCGACGGCAAAACCGCGGCCGCCGACGGCGAGGGGAGCAACUGCCCCGCCACCAAGGUGUUCCAGGGAGUGCUGAUCCUGGAGGAGGUGGAGGGCCAGGAGCUGUUCUACACCCCCGAGCUGGCCGACCCCAAAUCCGAGCUCUUCGGGGAGACGGCGCGGAGCAUCGAGAGCGCUCUGGAGGAGCUGUUCCGCGGCUCCGACGUGCGCCGGGAUUUCCGCAGCGUGCGCGUGCGGGACCUGGGCCAGGGCGGCGCCCUCAGGGUCCUGCUGGACGCUCACUUUGAUCCAGCCACGUCCCACACGGCCGCCGAUGUCCAGGGGGCCCUGCUCAGACAGAUCCGAGCUGCCAAGAAAAAAACCAUCCUGGUGAAGAAACCCCAGACUGAGAACAUCAAAUUCAUGGAUUUUGACUGGAUCCCCCGGCUCUUCACCACCACCGUCACCACCACCACGGCCACCACCGCGGCCCCGGCCACCACCCACAGAGUCCCUGCAGCCACCUCAUCCUUGGCCACCACCCACAGGCUCCCUGCGGCCACCUCAUCCUUGGCCACCACCCACAGGCUCCCUGUGGCCACCUCAGCCCUGGCCACCACCCACAGGCUCCCUGCGGCCACCUCAUCCUUGGCCACCACCCACAGAGUCCCUGCAGCCACCUCAUCCUUGGCCACCACCCACAGAGUCCCUGUGGCCACCUCAUCCUUGGCCACCACCCACAGGCUCCCUGUGGCCACCUCAGCCCUGGCCACCACCCACAGGCUCCCUGCGGCCACCUCAUCCUUGGCCACCACCCACAGGCUCCCGGUGGCCACCUCAGCCCCGGCCACCACCCGCAGGCUCCCGGUGGCCACCCCGUCGCCGGGCCAGCACGGCCCCAAGGCGGUGGCCGUGGGCAGCACCAGGAGGCCCAGCCCCAGCAGCCCUGGCAGGAGGAAGCCGACCCAGCUGCCCCCCGGCAGCAGCAGAGCCCCCCGGCCCUGCCAGUCCCAGCCCUGCCUGCACGGCGGCACCUGCGAGGACGACGGGCGGGACUUCACCUGCAGCUGCCCCCCGGGCACGGCGGGGCCCCUGUGUGACAAACCCCCCAGCCCGUUCUCUCCCAGCUUCGGGGGCGGCUCGUUCGUGGCGCUGCGGACGCUGCGCGGGUACCACACGGCGCGGGUGUCGCUGCAGUUCCGGGCGCUGGAGCCCAGCGGGCUCCUGCUCUACAACGCACAGAGACACGGCAAGGACUUCAUCUCGCUGGCGCUGCUGGGCGGCUUCGUGCAGCUCCGGUUCGACACUGGCUCAGGGCCAGCCGUGGUGACCAGCUCGGUGCGGGCAGUGCCCGGGCGCUGGCACUCGCUGCUGGUGACGCGCAGCCGGCGCAGCGGGAGCCUGGCCGUGGACGGGGAGCCCCCGGUGAGCGGGCACAGCCCCCUGGGCACCGACGGGCUCAACCUGGACACCGAGCUCUUCAUCGGGGGAGCGCCCCCGGAGCACAUGGCACGGGUGGCGGAGCGCGCGGCUGUCACCGCGGGUCUGCGGGGCUGCGUGCGCCAGCUGAGCAUCAACAACCGUCCGUACGAGCUGCGGCCGGGCGGGCCGGACGCGCUGUUCGCCAGCGCCGUGGGCGAGUGCGGCCACCAGCCCUGCCAGCCCAGCCCCUGCCGGCACGGCGGCCGCUGCCAGCCCGGCCAGCACGGCGCCUUCCAGUGCCACUGCCCCGAGGGAUACACGGGCCCCACCUGUGCCCAGGAGAGGAACCCGUGCGAGCCGUCCCCGUGCCACGGCUCUGCCACCUGCCUGGUGCUGCCCCACGGGGCCCCCCUGUGCGCCUGCCCCGCGGGGCGCCAGGGCGAGCUCUGCCAGACAGUGGUGGAGCAGGACCAGUCCGUGCCCUUCCUGCCCGAGUUCAGCGGCCUCUCCUACCUGGAGCUGGACGGGCUGCAGAGCUUCGUGCCCGACCUGCAGGACAAGAUGUCCAUGGAGCUGGUGUUCCUGGCCAAGAGCCCCACGGGGCUGAUCUUCUACAACGGCCAGAAGGGCGAUGGCAGAGGGGACUUCGUGUCGCUGGCGCUGCGGGAGGGACACCUGGAGUUCAGAUACGACCUGGGCAAGGGGGCAGCGCUGCUCAGGAGCAGGGAGCCGGUGCCGCUGCACGCCUGGGUCAGUGUCCGGCUGGAGCGCAGCGGCCGCAAGGGGGAGCUCUGGGUCGCCGGGGGCCGCAGGGUGACCGGGGAGUCCCCGGGGGUUGGUUUGGGGGGGUUUAAAGCUGUUUGGAGUUGGGUUCACCCUGCGCGCCCUGUGCGCGUCAGCAACAACCGCUGGGUGCGCAUCCGCGCCUCCAGGGUGCAGAGGGAAGGAUCCCUCCAGGUGGGGAACGAGGCUCCCAUCGCCGGCUCCUCCCCCCUCGGGGCCACCCAGCUGGACACGGACGGGGCGCUGUGGCUGGGUGGUCUGGACAAGCCCAGUGUCCCCCCCCGGCUCCCCAAGGCGUUCAGCACGGGCUUCGUGGGCUGCAUGCGGGACGUGCGCGUGGACCGGCGCGAGCUGCACCUGGCCGAGGACGCGCUGAACCAGCCCCGGAUUUUGCACUGCUCCUCCAAAUAGCCCCUGCCCGCCCCCUCCCGCCUACUGCUGUAAUUAUUUUCUAUUUUUGUAAACUUAUUGCUUUUUAUAUUUUUGGGGGGGACAGGGAGGGCAGGAAACCCGUUUUAUUUUUGGUUGGUUUUUGUUUUUUGCUUUGGGGAGCAAACCUCGAGGAGCGACACGAGAAACUCUCCCUCUGCAGCAUCCAUCUUCAUACUUGAAGCUUCUUGGUUUUGGGGUUGUUAUCCACACUCCUCCCCCCAUUUUUUUUCCCCUGGUGUUUUAUUUUAUUUUUUUUGGGGGGUGGAAGGGGUUCCCAAAAAAAAAAACAACCCCUGUGGGGGGAAAAAACGCUGCUGGUGCUGGCGAGGCCUCCACGGAUUCCCAGGGUGGGAAUUUCCACCUCAGGCUCUUCCAAACCUUCUGAAUUCCACCUGAAUUCCUGCUGCCCCUUCUUCCCUCUCACUGUAAUUUAUGUGUGUAAGGAUGUCAAAAAAAAAAAAAAAAAAAAAAAAAAACCCAAAAAAGAAAAUAACAAAAAAAAAAAAAAAUUAAACAAAAAAGUGCUUUUCUCCUUGGAGCUCUGCUCAAAUCAGGGAUCCCCACACUGGAAGGGACCUGGGGCUCUUUGCUGGACUCAGAGAUGAUGGAGAGGAGGAAAAAAAAUUUCUUUUGGGAUUUUUCCAGCUCUUCUCCUCCUUUUUUUCCUCUUGGAGCAGCUGUGAAACCUCAUCCCCAAAUUUGUGUUCAUCCAGAUGUCCCCUGACCCCUCCUGAGCUGGAAUUCUCUCCCUCCUCCACAAGGAAAUUCCCUUUUCCCUCCUCUGAGAUUUUUUUGGGAUGUUUCCCUGCAGAGAUUCCCAGUCUGGGAAUGCAGAGCUGGUGCUGGAGCCUCUCCCACAAAAAAAAAUUUGGAAUUUUUUUUUUUUUACCUUGAACUUGGAGUUUUUGGGUCUUCCACGCUCCUCUGGAUGCUGCCAGCCCAGCAGGAAUGGGAAUUCCAAUGGGAAUGGGGAGUUUGGGGGGAAUUUAAAGCAAUUUUUUACCAGAAAGGAAAAAAUUUUGGGGCCAGUUCCAAAGUUUUUGGGGAGAAUUUGAAGCUUUUUUUUUUUUCCCCAGAAAGGAAAAAUUUUGGGGCCAGUUCUGAAGUUUUUGGGGAGAAUUUGAAGCAUUUUUUUUUUCCCCAAAAGGAAAAAAAAAAAAUUUGGGGCCAGUUGUAAAGUUUCUGGAGGGAAUUUAAAUAAUUUGGCAGAAUUUGACUUUUAUUCCCUUAAAUUUCUGUCCUACCUUGCAGUGCCUCCUUUAAAAUGGGGAUUUUUGGCACCAACUUUUGAGCCAGAAAAAUCAAAUUUCUCCUCUCAGGGUGAGCUCUAAACAAAGGUGGAACCAAGAGGGGAAAAUCUAUGGAAAAACCACUCAGAUCUGCUUUUAUUUCAUUUAUUUUAUUUUUAAAAAAUAAUAAUUCCCAAGCUGUGCCAUUCCUGUGGAAAAUCCAUAAAUAUUCCCUGUGUGGCUGGAGGUGCCAAAAUUCCCAUUUUUGGGGGAGUCCAAAUUGGGAUUUUCUGGUGGGAAAUGCUGGGCUGGGAUGGGAGGAAGGGAAAUUCUGGGAUUCCCAGCUGGGAAAAAAAAAAUAAAAAAAUCUCCAACAACUGAACAAAAAUAAAUCUAAAAACUCAUUAAUGCCUUAAACCAGGAUCUUGUGUCCUCGUGGGGGAGAUUUGGAAUUUCCAGCAGCACCUUGGGCUUUAUUUUUAUUUUAUUUGCACAAAACAUGAAAAAAACCACACAAAAAAAAAAAAGAAAAAAAAUACUGAAGUUGUUUAUUUUCUGGAUUUGAUUUUUUUUUUUUCUUUUUUUUAAAUUCCAACCCCUUUGGAGAGGGUGAAUUCCUGACUUUGGGACUGAUGCACAGCAGGGGAGCAGAGUGAUGUAACCAUUACUAACCCAUGUUUUUCUUCAAAUCACCCAGAAAUAAAGUUUGGAAACGAUUCACGAGGU